GUGACCAAGCAAGCUCUAGUUCAAGACUCGUUAGAAAGGAGGCUUAACGACCGAUAAACUUUGCUCUAGUUGCAAGGUGGAGAAACUUUUCCAUCGCGUCAGUUUUAACAAAAACUCGGUUUUCGACGGAUGACUAGUCGUUUACGUAGUUGUCCGCUUGAUCCGACUCGUCUCAGUCCUUGACGUUGCAUUGCAGGGUACCGUUUUGCAUCUUAUCACUGCACAUAACAAAGUUGAAACCCAUAGCACAAACGCUACACAAAGUCCCAGAACAGCAGUUGCAGAAGAACAAUACCACCAUUUGAAUCCCUAGGAACAGUUGAAGGAUUGAUGGGGAAGGAAAGCGAAACCACGGCCAUGGAAAUUGAUGCUCAAAAAUCGAACAGUUCUGAUCAGAUCAAUCCUAGAUAUUCAAUCAACGUGUUGCAGCUCUUGAAGUCUGCGCAGAUGCAGCAUGGCUUGCGGCAUGGGGAUUAUACACGCUAUCGGAGGUAUUGUUCUGCUCGGCUGAGGAGGUUAUAUAAAUCAUUGAAGUUUACCCAUGGACGUGGUAAAUACAGUCGUAGAGCUAUAACUGAAUCCACUGUUACUGAAGUUAGGUUUCUGCAUCUGGUUUUUUAUAUGGCGGAGAGAGCUUGGAGCCAUGCCAUGGAGAAACGACAGCUUCCAGAUGGUCCAAAUGCACGGCAACGCAUAUAUUUGAUUGGGAGAUUGAGGAAGGCAGUAAAAUGGGCUGACCUGUUCUCUCGGUUGUGUGCUGCCAAGGGAGAUUCCAGAACAUCUUUGGAAGCUGAGGCAUAUGCUGCGUAUAUGAAUGGCAAUCUAUUGUUUGAACAGGAUCGGAAUUGGGACACGGCAUUGAAGAAUUUCAUAAGUGCCAGAGCUGUUUAUGAGGAACUUGGGAAAUAUGGAGACCUAGAGAAUCAGCUUUUAUGCCGUGAGCGUGUUGAGGAGCUGGAGCCCAGUAUUCGAUACUGCAGACACAAAAUUGGCGAGUCAAAUAUUAAAACUUCUGACCUUCUACAAAUUGGUGAGAUGGAAGGUCCUGCACUAGACCUCUUCAAAUCUAAAUUGGAGGCUGUUAUGGCAGAGGCAAGGUCCCAACAGGCAGCUUCCCUGACAGAGUUUCAUUGGCUUGGUCACAAAUUUCCAAUAUCCAAUGCAAAAACCCGGGUCUCCAUUUUAAAAGCUCAAGAACUGGAGAAGGAUUUGCAUGGUCCUGCAGCUGAUUCACUCCCAGCAGAGAAAAAAUUAGCCAUCUUUGACAAAAUUUUUACUGCAUAUCAUGAGGCUAGAAGCUGCAUUCGCAGUGACUUGGCCAGUGCAGGUAAUGCUGAUAGCGUAAAAGAUGACUUAAGUGGCCUUGAUAAAGCUGUUAGUGCUGUACUAGGACAACGGACAAUCGAACGUAAUCAGCUGUUGGUUAGCAUUGCAAAGAGUAAACUUACUAGGCGCCGUGAUGACAAAAAUGAGAAAGUUACUAAGCCUGAGGAGCUUGUUCGCUUGUAUGAUCUUUUAUUACAGAAUACAUCUGAUCUUUCUGACUUAGUUAGUUCUGGAAGAGAUACAAAACCUGAGGAAGUUGCAUUUUCUGAAGACUGUGAACUUAGAAGUUUGGCUUUUCGAGCACAAAGGUGCUUCUACCUAGCAAAGUCUUACAGUUUAGCUGGAAAGAGACCAGAAGCAUAUGCUUUAUACUGCCAAGCUCGUUCCCUUGCUGAGAAUGCUUUACAAAAGUUUCAAUCUCUUAGUAACACCGAUGAGGUAAUGAUCAAAGAGCUGAAGGCAUUAUACAACGAGAGCAGAUCUAAUAUUUGCAUAGAGCAUGCAUCAGGAAUUAUGGAGGAAGAGAAGGCUCCAGAGAACCUUUCCAAAAAAGUUUCUGCUAUAUCAUUAAGUGGGGGUGACAAGAAGGUGGAGAAAUACCUGCUUGAGAAACUUGAUGUCUAUGAGUCUGUAGUCGGCGAUCCCCAUGUGAAAGCUCCUCCACGUAUUGAAGUCUUUCCUCCAGCCUUCCGAGCAAUACCUCGCAAUCCCAUCAUUCUAGACCUUGCCUAUAAUUAUAUCGAUUUCCCAUCUAUUGAAAACAGGAUGAAGAAGGACAAGAAAGGCUUCAUAAGUAGGCUCUGGCGAUGAGUUUUGUAGAGCAGGCUCUGAUCCAGGAGAAAAAGCUGCAAGUGAAUACUUUGAUAUGGGAUUUUGAGGUUUUGCAUUGUUGUCAAGGACUGACCUUUUUAAUUUUGGGUUAUUUGAAAAAUUUUGGGCUUAUGCAGAUUUCAAUGAACAAGCAGAACGGAAUGUUAUAGCAUGUUAAAUUUUUUGGCCCUGAAAUGGAAGAGUGAAUUAAAUUUCAGAGAGUUAAAACCUCAGGAAUCGCUUAACAGUUGAAAGUCUGACACUCACUUUCUAUCAUACUUGGGAAGCUUUAAAAUAGAUUCUCCUAUUGUUUAGCACUUUUAAUAUUUGUGCAUUUAAAAAUAUUGGUUAAUUAAUUUAACAUGUUUCCUUUGUGAACGGAAA